AUGCACGGAGAACAAGGUGACGCAGAUUUUACGGAUGCACAUUUUUGGCUAGAAAAUGAAUGGCCUUCACUCAUCUCCGAAUUUUCACCCUCUAAUGUGUAUAAUGCUGAUGAGACUGGCCUGUACUUUAGAGCACUACCUGAGCAUACUUAUGUUCUUCAAAAUGACAAAGCAAAGGGAACAAAAUCUUGUAAAGAACGAAUAACGAUCUUGUGUUUUGCCAGUAUGACGGGAGAAAAAAAGAAACUGAUUGUUGUCGGGAAGAGUAAGCAACCUUGUUGUUUCAAAGGAGUUAAAGCUUUACCUGUUGAUUAUACAGCGAAUAAAAAUGCAUGGAUGACUCAAGAAAUCUUUAGCCAGUGGUUGAUCAAAUGGGAUAAUGAACUAGACAGAAAAAUUGUACUUUUAGUAGACAACUGCACAGCUCACAAUGUAAGUUUAAACUUGAAAAAUAUAAAACUGACAUUUUUACCGGCUAAUACCACAUCACUUAUUCAGCCUUGUGAUCAAGGAAUUAUUCGUACACUUAAAGCUUACUAUAGAUUAAAAAUGAGAAAAAGGGCUAAUAUUAAUGACCUUUCCAAGAAAAUCAACAUUCUCGAGGCCUUACACUUUGUCAACGAAGCGUGGAAUAAUAUUAGUGAUGUGACUAUUCGAAAUUGUUUUCGUCACGGAGGCUUCAUCAAAACUGAGGAAGAGGAAGAAGAAGAAGAUGACCCUGGUAAAGACCUCGCUGACAAAACAUAUGAGGAUUGGAUGGAUAUAGAUCGUGAUCUCCAAACUUCUGAAGAGGUAUUCUGA